CUCACCCGGAUUGAGCUUGCCAGCAGCAGCUCCUGCUCAGACCCGUUUGUGCCGCCAUCCUGGGAGAGGCAGAGCCUCCCACCGGGCUCCUGUUGGGCGCCUCAGCGCUUUUCCAAGGCCGUGCUUGUCAUCAUCGAUGCCCUUCGUUUCGAGUUUGCCCACUUUAACCCAGCCAAGGCCAGCCCACGGCCCUACGAGAACAAGCUGAGUUUCCUGCACCACCUUGUAACCUCCCAGCCACGCCAUGCCCGCCUCUACCGCUUCCGAGCCGAUCCCCCCACUGCCACCAUGCAGCGCAUCAAGGGCCUCACCACCGGCUCACUGCCCACUUUCAUUGAUGUGGGCAGCAACUUUGCCACCUACGCGAUCCAGGAGGACAACCUGUUGGCACAGCUGGUGCAGAACGGAAGGAGAGUGAUCUUCAUGGGUGAUGACACUUGGGAAGGGCUCUUCCCAAAGAAGUUUUUCCGCUCGUAUUUCUUCCCUUCUUUUAAUGUGAAGGAUCUUCACACUGUGGAUGAUGGGAUCCUGCAGCAUCUCUAUCCAACUGUGGACAGUGGUGAAUGGGACAUGCUGAUUGCUCACUUCCUCGGCGUGGACCACUGUGGGCACAAACACGGACCUGACCAUGCUGAAAUGGCUAAGAAGCUCACCCAGAUGAAUGAGAUGCUCAGGUCCUUGGUGGAGCACCUGGGGAAUGACACCCUUCUGCUGGUUGCUGGGGACCAUGGCAUGACAGAGACCGGAGACCAUGGCGGUGACAGCGAGAAGGAAGUGAAUGCAGCACUGUUUGUGUACAGCAAAACGCCCCUGUUUGGCACUGGACCUCCCGAGGAGCCUGAGGCUGUUGCCCAGGUGAACCUGGUGCCCACUGUGGCCCUGCUGCUGGGUGUGCCCAUCCCCUACAGUAAUAUUGGGGAGGUGAUGGCUGAGCUGUUCUCCGGGGACGGUGACGCUGUGUCUGCAGCCUUGCAGCAGCUCUUGGUCUAUCACAUCAACGCCAAGCAGGUGGACCGCUUCCUGCACGCCUACUCACUGGUGGCUCAGGACCUGCCAGCAGAGCAGCUCCAGCGCCUGCAGGACCUCUUCUCCGGCGCCGUGGAGGAGCACGCUCAGCUCUUGGCCCAGGUGCAGGGGCUGACGCUGGUGCCGCCGGAGCUGGAGUCCAGGCUGGGAAGCCUCAUCGGUCGCUUCCAGCUCUACCUGCGGGAGGCACGGGCUGUGUGCACCCAGUCUUGGGCCCGCUUCCAUCCCCUGCGUAUGGUGGGGGGCUGCACCCUUAUUGCUGCUUCCUGCUUGCUCUGCUACAUGGCCUCAGAGCUGGCCACAGCAUCAGACUCUUUCUAUCGCAGCUGUCUCCUGUACCCGCUGCUUUGGGGCCUGGUGGUGGCUGUUCUGCUUGGGCUGGCCUAUGCAUUCACCCAGAAUGGGCUGGAUCUCCUCCUGGUGUCGUCAUGGGCAGCUGCUGCUUCUCAGCUGGGUUUUUUCUGGUACUGGUGGGGCCGGCAUCCCAAGCGAGCCCGUUUGGCGGGCAGUCAGCCACCCUUGGCCAACGUUAGCCUGAGGCAGAGGCUAAUAGGGAAGCUCCACUGGGACGGUCGCCUGACUGUGCCAGAAGGCCCCAAGCAGCAGCUCCUUGGCUUUUCUUCUUACCGGAGAGAGAUCUGGUACCUGCUGUGCCUUGUGGCCAUGCUCCUGGUCUGCGUGCGCCUCUCUGGUUUCUUCCACCAGUGCCGCGAAGAAAUCCCUCAGUGCCGGCCCUCUCUUUUCCUCUCCCCCCUUGCCAGCCUGAGAAACACACGGGCCAAGAACCUCUUCUACCUUUUGUGUGUGGCCUUGUUGGCCGGGCUAGUCUGUGCAGUGCGGAGCUGGCUGCGACACUACGGCAACCUGAACAGCUCGGACCCCCUCGUGCUCUUUGUGCGCUGGGGUUUCCCACUGGUGGUCCUUUGCAUUGCCUGCUACUGGGCUGUUGCCUCCAGCGCUGAUGACUCUCUCGGCAAGCUGCAGGAGCUGGUGCAGGUAGCAGUUGUUGCCUUUCCAUGGGCUGUCUAUGGCCUAGCGUCCGUGGGGCUGCUGCUGCUGCUGUGCAAUCCUAUGACGGUGUUCGCAAAGGACACGCGGGAGUCAGCAGGAUCCAUCGUCACUCCCUACCUGGGGGUUCCCAGCUCUGAAGUUGACUUCCUCCACGUCAUCCCUCAGAUCUAUAGGAGGAUGCAGGAGUCUCAGAAGAGCUGCCUGGAGCGAGGCGGCUGCAAGGCCACUGUCGCAGCGUACGGACUGGGCAGCGUGUACUCGGCAGCCCUGGUCAUAGCGCUCACCCUGCUGGGCUUCCUCUUGAUGCUUCUGCACAGUGAGCGCCUGAGUCUUGCCUUCCUGCUCCUGUUCCUGGAGGCCUUCGUGCUGCUGCACAUCCACACACGUGCCAGAGGCCUUGCUGGAGAUGCUGAGCCUUUUUCGGUGCCCUGGUAUGCAGUCAUCUCCUGGCUCCUUGCUGCUUCCCAGUUCUUCUAUUCCACAGGCCACCAGCCCAUCUUCCCAGCCAUCCACUGGAAUGCAGCCUUUGUGGGCUUCCACCUUGACCACAGCACGAACCUCCUGCCCGCUGUCCUGGUGGGCGCCAACACCUUUGCCUCCCAUAUCCUCUUUGCAGUCAGCUGCCCUCUGCUCCUGCUUUGGCCCUUUGUGUGUGAGAUGCCCAGCUCACAGAGGAAGAAGCCCAAGAAGGAGCCCCGGGAGGAGCUGCAAGAGGUGGAGGAGCACAUGAUGGAGAUGAGGCUGCGGGAGUCGCCAGAGAAGUUCUCCACUGCUCUGCUGCAGCUGGGCCUGAAGUACCUCUUUGUCCUUGGGACACAGCUUUUGGCCUGUGUUUGUGCAGCUAUGAUCCUCAGGAGGCACCUCAUGGUCUGGAAGGUGUUUGCCCCAAAGUUCCUCUUUGAGUCGCUGGGCUUCGUGGUGAGCAGCAUCUGCCUCCUGCUGGGGAUCUCCCUGGUGAUGCGUGUGGACUGUGCUGUCAGCACCUGGUUCAGCCAGCUUCAGCUCAGGUAG